UAGACUACGAAGUCGUCGUGGGGUAUUGCAUGGUAUUUGCACCAUCGACUUGAAGUUCUGGAACUUGAAGUUGUCCUGAUUGAGGCUGUCGUCUAACUGUCAAAGUACCGUUCCUGAGCAGCAAGACUCCUUGAUGACAGCUUUGUGAAGACUGUGGACAUCAAUGAAGUGCUCAAGUUUUCGGAUUUGCAUUUUUGCUGUUCCUCGUCUUUUGCGAUCUUCAGGUUCUCUUUUUCAUCCAGUUUCCCCCUUUGUUUUGAGCUGUCCAAGGAACAGUCCAGUCAUUUUGAGCAAUUGCUCGUCUUGUCAUAGAUAUUUCUCUGGCUGGUUGAAGAACCAUUCUUUGUCAUCUCUUAGUAGAUACAUCGAAAGAUCUGAGGCUGCUGACUCAAGGGGAUGCUCCAAAUCAAACUUACUUAACUUUUCUAGAAGUUACGGAUCUAGAUACUCUUCUGAAUUAGUUGUUAAGCCAAAUUUGGUCAUGAUGAAGCUGGAUACACCAGAAUUCCAUUCUCUUUUCACUCCUGAACUUCACGCUCUGUCGGCACUCUUCACAAAGUACGGACAUGAGCUGAGAAUCGCGGGUGGGGCUGUCCGCGACUUGCUGGCUGGAAAAGUGCCGGAUGAUAUUGACUUUGCUACCACGGCAACGCCUGCUCAGAUGAAAGAGAUGUUCACAAAGGAGGACAUCAGGAUGAUCAACUCAAACGGGGAGGCCCACGGAACCAUCACGGCUCGGAUCAAUGACAAGGAAAACUUUGAAGUGACGACCUUGAGAAUUGAUGUGGUGACGGACGGGCGGCGGGCCCAAGUGGAGUUCACCCAGGACUGGAUGUUGGACGCCAACCGACGGGAUCUGACGGUCAACUCCAUGUUUUUAGGUUUAGACGGUACCGUCCACGACUACUUUAAUGGAGUGGAAGACUUGAAGGACCAAAGAAUUCGAUUUGUCGGCGACCCUGAGCAGAGGAUACAAGAGGACUAUUUGAGAAUCCUCAGAUAUUUCAGAUUCUUUGGCCGUCUGGCGAAAGGACCCAAUGACCACGAGCAGGUGACAGUGGAUGCAAUUAAAAAGAAUGCUGGUGGACUGACGAGGGUGUCGGGUGAACGUAUCUGGGUGGAGAUGAGAAAAAUCCUGAUGGGUCGGAUGACGGCGUCUCUGCUGGAGAAGAUGAUAGAGCUUGGUCUCGGGGAACACAUCGGUCUGCCAAAUGCAACCAACUUUGCCGAGUUGCAGACGGUGUGUGAGAGAACAGAAGGCGCGUCGUUCAACCACAUGACACGCGUGUCAGCUUUGCUUGACGAGGAGGCUGAUGUGUACCAGCUGCACCAGAGAAACAAGAUGUCCAAUGACGAGCUGUCGUUAGCGCUGUUCCUCGUCAAGCAUCGGCGAGACGAGAUGGGUGACGACCUGCUGGCCUACUGCACCGACCUUCACACCGACACGAGCGGCAAGGAGACCAAGGUCGUUGGCAAGAUAGUGGAGCUCAUGAAGUACUGCGGCAAGACGGAGACUGCAGAGAAGUUCCCGACCAUGGAACUGCCUCAGCUGCCUGUGAAAGGUCACGACCUCCCCAAGACAGUGCCGAAGGGCCCCAAGUUUGCCGUCACACUCAACGAGCUGCGGAGGAUCUGGAAGGAAAGUCGCUACACGCUCAGCAAGGAACAGCUGCUGGCCAAGAUCCCUGAAGUGUUGGAGAACCUUCCGCAGGAUCUGAAAAAGAUGCGGAAAAAGUAACAUUUUCUUAGGGUAAAUUUUAAGUUUUUAAAUUUUAUUUUAGGUACUGAUACAAGUAUAUAUAUGUAAGGCGUGGUAAAGUUGGUACACGCUCAGCAAGGAACAGCUGCUGGCCAAGAUUCCAGAUGUGUUGGAGAACCUUCCGCAGGAUCUGAAAAAGAUGCGGAAAAAGUAACAUUUUUCUUAGGAUUAUUUUUCUAGCUUUUAAAUUAUAUUUUAGUAUUGAUACCAAUAUAUGUGAGGUGUCGUGGUGGAAUCAGGCGCUCAUCAAAAUAAUGAAAUCGAAGAAACUGGCAUUUUUCUGGCCAAUUGGCUAUUUGAUUGAAUUUUUAUUUUUUGACUCAAGGCAAC